CGGGCGCCCCGCGCAGCCCGCACUCGCCGCCGCGCCUCGGAGUUUGAGCCCCGCGCGGCCGGAGCGCAGGCUCGCCCGGAGCGCGGGGUCGCAGGCGCGCGGCGCGGCGCGGCGCCGCCCCCCGGCCCUCGGCCUCCCCCAUCCCCGGCCCGGGCGCCCCCCGGAGCGCGGCGCGUGGAGGGGUGGACGGCGGGCGGGCGCGGCGGGCCGGGCCGGCGGGCGGCGGAGUAUGAGGCGCCCACCAUGGUGCGAUGCGACCGCGGGCUGCAGAUGCUGCUGACCACGGCCGGAGCCUUCGCCGCCUUCUCGCUCAUGGCCAUCGCCAUCGGCACCGACUACUGGCUCUACUCCAGCGCGCACAUCUGCAACGGCACCAACCUGACCAUGGACGACGGGCCCCCGCCCCGCCGCGCCCGUGGCGACCUCACCCACUCGGGGCUGUGGCGGGUGUGCUGCAUCGAAGGGAUCUAUAAAGGGCACUGCUUCCGGAUCAAUCACUUCCCAGAGGACAAUGAUUACGACCACGACAGCUCGGAGUAUCUCCUUCGCAUCGUGCGCGCCUCCAGCAUCUUCCCCAUCCUCAGCACCAUCCUGCUGCUGCUCGGCGGGCUCUGCAUCGGCGCCGGGAGGAUUUACAGCCGCAAGAACAACAUCGUCCUCAGCGCGGGCAUCCUCUUCGUGGCCGCAGGCCUCAGCAACAUCAUCGGCAUCAUCGUCUACAUCUCCAGCAACACGGGCGACCCGAGCGACAAGCGCGACGAAGACAAAAAGAACCAUUACAACUACGGCUGGUCUUUUUACUUCGGGGCCCUGUCGUUCAUCGUGGCCGAGACCGUGGGGGUCUUGGCCGUAAACAUUUACAUUGAGAAAAACAAAGAGUUGAGGUUUAAGAGCAAACGGGAGUUCCUGAAGGCCUCCUCCUCCUCUCCCUACGCCAGGAUGCCAAGCUACAGGUACCGCCGACGGCGCUCCAGAUCCAGCUCCAGGUCCACGGAGGCCUCGCCCUCCAGGGACGCAUCUCCCGUGGGCCUGAAGAUCACCGGGGCCAUCCCCAUGGGCGAGCUGUCCAUGUACACCCUGUCCCGGGAACCCCUCAAGGUGACCACGGCUGCCAGCUACAGCCCUGACCAGGACGCGGGCUUCCUGCAGGUGCACGAUUUCUUCCAGCAAGAUCUGAAGGAGGGAUUUCCCGUCAGCAUGCUGAACCGGCGGACCACCCCCGUGUGAUCUGUGCCCCUCCCCCACCUCCACA